AUGCCUUCGGGAUGCGUCCUGCCCAGCGCCAUCCACUUCCACAUGUCAACGGAAGAAGUGGAGUGGUUCAACCGGUAUAAAAAAUCUUUGGCCACCUACAUGAGGUCAGUGGGAGGAGAGGAGGGGCUGGACCUUACCCAGGACAUAAAGCCUCCGAAAAGCCUGUACAUCGAAGUGCGCUGUUUAAAAGACUACGGCGAGUUUGAGAUCGACGAUGUCCCCACGGUCCUGCGGAAGAAGAACAGCCAGCACUUCUUACCUCGCUGGAAGUGCGAGCAGUUGAUCCGGCAAGGCGUCCUGGAGCACGUCCUGUCGUAAGCGCCGCGGAGCGGAGGGACAGCC